AUGCAUCUGGGCGAUGGUGGCUUGGAAAGUUCAGUGCAUAGACCGGGGAGGCGGAGGAGGGGCCGGCGGCGGCAGGUGCACGUAUGUGCAGGGAAUGCUUCGGACGCCGACGAGAAGCCACAGAUCAAUGGGAAAACAAAGCGAGAUAUGUUGCUGGAGUACGUCAAGAACGUGAAGCCGGAGUUCAUGGAUCUCUUCGUCAAGGGCACACCAGAGACGGUCGUGGACGCCAUGCGACAAACGGUGACCAACAUGCUCGGCACGCUGCCCCCACAGUUUUUCGAGGUGACCAUCUCGACGGUGGGCGAGAACCUGGCGCAGCUGAUGUACAGCGUGCUGAUGACGGGCUACAUGUUCCGCAAUGCCUACUACCGCAUGGAGCUCGCGCACACGCUGGAUCUGCAAGCCCUCCCGGACCCAGAGCGCUGCAAAGAGGCGGACUCGCACUACGCGCCCGGCGUUCAGACGACCCGCGUCUCUGGCGAGGUGGUUCGGUGGCACAAGGUGAACGGCUCGGAGGCGGUCGCGGCGGGGGAGUACAUCGAGAUGCUGGAGGGCGAGGUGCGCGGGCUGCGCGCGCAACUAGAGCGGAGCCAGCGGAGCGCCGCGGGCGGGAAUCAGCUGCUGGACUACCUUAAGGCGCUGCAGCCGCCGAACCUGCAGGAAUUGACGAGUAGUGCAGGGGAGGACGCACUAGAAGCAAUGAACUCCUUCAUCCAGAGGCUGAUGGGUAUAUCAGACUCUGCGGAACUGAAGGCUUCCUCCUCGGUAACAACGGCCACAGAGCUAGCUAAAUUGCUUUAUUGGUUGAUGGUAGUUGGUUACAGUAUCCGCAGCAUAGAGGUCCGGUUCGACAUGGAAAGAACGCUAGGAGUCCCAAUAACUUCGAAACUCGGUGAACUGCCACCAGGGGAAAUAUUUUGAAAGCCCAUUGCACAAAAAAUUGCAUGCCUUUGCAC